AUGGAACUUCAGUCUCCCCGCUCAACAACGACUGUCUUCCUUGACCAACCUCCCAGCUGCCUGCAAUUCUGUCCCGCCAUCGCCAACCAGUUCGUCGUGGGCACCUAUCUGCUCUCCGAGAACAAGGACGACGAGGGAAACAUCCAACAGACAAAAACAGGCAGUCUGCAGCUAUGGAAGCUCAAUCCAGGAAGCCCUGAGAAUUCACUGUACGCUCCUCCGUAUCCACGUGCAGAUCCAGAACUAAUCGCCCCCAGAUCAUUAAUUCAAAAGAUCCCACUGCCAUACGCAGUCUUUGAUCUCCAUUUCCACCCGACAAACCCCUCCAUUCUGGCUAUUGCCUCCAGCGCGGCAUCCGUAGCUCUAUUCCAAGUCUCCGCCACGGAGAUCACGCACCUGUGGACUCGCCCUGUGCACGAGGACCCCUCCAUCCCAGCCCUCUUCCUCGCCUGGACGCCACCCAAGUGGCUGUCCCAAGACGACGCCGACGGCUUUGCCGUGACCUUCUCAGAUGGCACAACCUCCGUCUUCGGGGCGCAAGUUGCCAGCUCCCGCGAGGAAGAUAAGGGCCUCGCACGAGCAAGCGCAAGCAAUGACAUCACCGAACUCGGCUCCUUCGCCGCCAGACAGAUGAUCGAAGUCUGGUUUGUAGCAUUAGCCACCUACGACGACGAACCAGCCUCGCCGCAAUCGUCGGUGCCGUUCUUAUUCACCGGUAACGAUUUCGGCUCCCUGCACACCAGACGGUUUGACCGGAGUGCCGCGGGCGACGCCGAGUCUACGGAUUUACUGCCCCCGCUGCUGCUGGAACACGAUGACCGUGCGCGUCAUCACUCGGCCGGCGUCACUUCUAUUCUUCCUCUGCCGCUGCCCCUCCAACAGGGCGCCCCGGUGCUCCUCACCGGCAGCUACGAUGAGUACCUGCGGGUGUAUCAUGCCACUCGUACUGGGGAGGUCCUCGCGGAGGCGUGUCUGGGAGGCGGUGUCUGGCGAUUGCAGCUGCUGAAGACAGAGCGUGUAGACGAAGGUGACGACGGGGAGCGGUGGACGUUCCUGGUCCUGGCCAGUUGCAUGCAUGCAGGGACUCGGGUCGUACGGGUCACCUGGAAGACGAAGGAGUCCUUCCCAGCGUGGGAGAUUGUCGUACUGGCGGAGUUCACGGAACAUCAAAGCAUGAACUAUGCAUCUGACGUGUGGAAACCAGAGGGUGGCUACGACUUGCAGGGGAACGUCGUCACGGAACUACUCUGUGUCUCUAGCAGCUUCUACGAUAAACGGCUGUGCACGUGGCGCGUGAGCGUAUAA